UCGCUCAUUAUAUGUGGAAGAAGGAUAGAAUGAAGCUUAGAACACGUCAGCGUUUAAAUGCAACGCAGCUUAGUAACGAAAUCGACAGCUAAACAAAGAGACGAAAAGAUCGCCGUGUGUAUAAAAGGACGUAAUAUGGCGUAUUCAAUUUUGCGUUUUAAAUAAACGGAAGUUAAGUGUCUUUCUCAUGUUUCGUUAGUGAGAUUCUACAAUAUAUAUACAGAGCGUCUCACAAUCAUCAUAUAUUUUAACAGCAUUUAACAACAAAAGAAUAAUAAUAAUGCAAUAUUGAAAAAAUUAAUAUGCACAGACAUCAACAGAGUGCAAAUAUGUUCUCAACAUAGUGCUCAACAUAGGAUACAUUGAAAAAGAAAUCAUUACGCGCAUCAAAAUUUUGGAUCUUGAUGCACAGCAAAAGAGUCAAGAAGCAAGAGCACUUUGGCAAGUUCAAAUUACAGGUUUGGAGGUUGCAACUGAUUUGGAGGACUUACUGUAUGACCUUGGAAUAGAUAAAUCAGUGUAAGUUAAAAUAAAUAUUGCAUUUUAUUCGGUUGAAAAUUUAAGUAAAAGCAUUAAACGCGUUAUUCUAAAGAUUGCAUUUUCAAAAUCGGUAAUCAAAAUAUUUCGAAACACACUGCACCAAUCAAAAUAAAAUUUUGUAGGCUUUUUUGAUACUAAAAAAUUUAGUGACCGAUUGUUACUUUGUUUUCUUUGGCGUAUUUUUUUUUACUGAUAAAAAACAAACGAAUUUUUUGUCGAAAAAUCAUACCUUUGAUUUUAAACAAACGCGAUUUAGUCGCAAAUUACGUUUUCAAAAAAAAUAGACGAUUGGAAACUAAAUAACUUUAUACUUUAUACAGUAAUUAAAUUAGUUAAGAUUUUUGAUUUCAGAUGACUAGCUCAAAUUUAAAAUGCUUACUGCAAAACGCUUUUAACAAAGACUGCUCCUAAAAGAUUGUUCGUAUUCUCUUUAUUUCUCGAUACUUUACUGUAAAAAAAUUACUAAAUUAUUCUUAAAAAACAUAUAUUUAAAUACGUUAACGUUUGCUUCGAACAAUCUUUAAGUUUUAAAAAAGAAAUUUUCAAAGAGACGUGUUUUUUUGGCUUCGAAACUGUAACCUCUUAAUGGCAUUAAUCAGUAGUCAGCAAGGCAUUUCAAAUCAGUGUAUUUAUAAAAUAAUUAAUAUAAAGUAGUAAGUAACAAUGUCCCAAAAUUUAGUGUGGCAUUAUUUCAUCCUACACAGACCAUCAGAAGCAGAAUGCAUUUUAUGUAAUAAAUUCUAUCAUAAUGAGCAUGUGCCAAAUUUAGAGACACAUCUGAUACGUGAACAUCCAGAAGUAAUAACAGAAAUUCGUGAAAAUAUUAGACGUGCCGAUUUAGGAGUAUAUUUUAUAUUUGAUGUAGAAGAUUCUAAGGCAAGAUGCAUUAACAAUUGCAUUGUCAACAUAUUUAACGGAAUAGAUUACUUAAAAGAUCAUUUGCACAGCCAUGGUAUAAAUAAACAUGCAAGGGCACUUAACAAUACACAAAGAAAUCCAUACGGAAAUGCAUCACAGCCAACAGCCGUAGAGGACAACGGAAGCGCAAGUACUAGCAAACAACCAAUUGAUGUACUUUCGCAAAACACAGAAGAUCAUGAAAAAUUGUCAUGGAGCAAUUCCAAUAACUUGGUAUGGCAAUAUUUCAAACCAGUUAAAUACCCUUAUGCAAAUUGCAAUAUCUGUAAAAAUCGCUACAAAAGUAUAAGAUAUUUGAGAAAUUUUGAGCAACACUUGCUACUUUGUCAUGCAGAACUAAUAGAUGAAAUACGAUGUGAAAUAGAUGAAGAAAUUAGGCGUCUCAAUCUAUCACCAUAUUUUGUAUGCGACACAGAACUUCCUAGAAUAAAAUGCAAUAUUGGUAAUUGCAAUUACAAAAUUAAUAUGUUUCACGGAACAAAAAAAUUGAAAGAUCAUUUGAGCAUUAAUCAUAGCAGUACAUAUAAAAGAAUUUCUAUGCCAAAAAGUAACACAGAUAUAAUGAUAAAACAAGUAGCUGAAGGCAGCAAUGAAAGUAUACAGCUAAUAAAAGACAACGAAGGUGUAAAUGCUAGUAAACAUCCGACUAAUACACUUUUGCAAAAAACAGAAAAUAUUGUAGAAUUGCCAUGGGGCAAUUCCAAUAACUUGGUAUGGCGAUAUUUCAAACCAGUUAAAUACCCUUAUGCAAAUUGCAAUAUCUGUAAAAAUCGCUACAAAAGUAUAAGAUAUUUGAGAAAUUUUGAGCAACACUUGCUACUUUGUCAUGCAGAACUAAUAGAUGAAAUACGAUGUGAAAUAGAUGAAGAAAUUAGGCGUCUCAAUCUAUCACCAUAUUUUGUAUGCGACACAGAACUUCUUCGAAUAAGAUGCAAUAUUGAUAAUUGCAUUCACAAAAUUAAUAUAUUUCACGAAACGAAAAAAUUGAAAUAUCAUUUGAGCAUUUAUCAUAGCAGUACAUAUACAAGGAUUUUUAUGCCAAAAAGUAACACAGAUAUAAUGAUAGAACAAGUAGUUGAAAGCAGUAAUGAAAGUAUACAGCUAAUAAAAGGCAACAAAAGUGUAACUGCUAGUAAACAUCCGACUGAUACACUUUUGCAAGAAACAGGAAAUCUUGUAGAAUUGCCAUGGGGCAAUUCCAAUAACUUGGUAUGGCGAUAUUUCAAACCAGUUAGAAACCCUUAUGCAAAUUGCAAUAUCUGUAAAAAUCUCUACAAAAGUAUAAGAUAUUUGGGAAAUUUUGAGCAACACUUGCUACUUUGUCAUGAAGAACUAAUAGAUGAAAUACGAUGUGAAAUAGAUGAAGAAAUUAGGCGUCUCAAUCUAUCACCAUAUUUUGUAUGCGACACAGAACUUCCUCGAAUAAGAUGCAAUAUUGAUAAUUGCAUUUACAAAAUUAAUAUGUUUCACGGAACAAAAAAAUUGAAAGAUCAUUUGAGCAUUUAUCAUAGUACAUAUACAAGGAUUUCUAUGCCAAAAAGUAACACAGAUAUAAUGAUAGAACAAGUAGCUGGAGGCAGUAAUGAAAGUAUACAGCUAAUAAAAGACAACAAAAAUGCAAAUGCUAGUAAACAUCUGACUGAUGCACUUUUGCAAGAAACAGAAAAUUUUGUAGAAUUACCAUGGGGCAAUGCCAAUAACUUGGUAUGGCGAUAUUUCAAACCAGUUAGAAAGCCUUAUGCAAAAUGCAAUAUCUGUAAAAAAUAUUGCAAAGGUAGAGUUUUGAAAAAAUUUGAACAUCACUUGCUAGAUUAUCAUAUAAUACUAAUAGCUCAAAUGCGAUGUGAAAUAGAUGAAGAAAUUAGGUAUCGCAGUCUAUCACCAUAUUUUGUAUGCGACACAGGACUUUCUCGAAUAAAAUGCAAUGUUGAUAAUUGCAUUUACAUUCUCAACUUAUUUAAUGGAUACAUGGGAUUAAUCGAACAUUUGUACAAUCAUCAUGCAAGUAUAUUUACAGCAAUGUUUCAAUACAUUCCAAGAAAUACCAUACGUAUAAUGACAAAAUCAGUAGCUGAGGAAGAUAAUACAUUUACAAACGUUGAUGACCCGCGGCCUGGUCCAAGUUGGCAAACCUAACAGAAAAUCAAGGACAACAGAGGGGAGGUGCGCCUCCGGUUUCAUCAUGCGAAGGAUUCUGAAAAGCCGGCCUGGGUGACCCAAUUCUUCAAACUGAAUCGGUUGGUCCGUGUGACUGCCUGGUGCCGACGGUAACGGCGUAAGGAUUAGUAACUGAGAGCGGAGACGCGACUUUCACCGUGGACGAGCUGGAGGAGUCUCGCCUGUCCUUGAUCCGGUGUCCCAAUCUACCUGGUGAAGGAGGCAGCUGAACGUGGUCAGGCGCAGUCAAGCGCUGCCACGGGGAGACGUACUCAUCAAACUGAGUCUAUUCCUUGACGACCUGGAUGUCCUCCGAGUGAGCAGACGAUUGCAACACUCGCUGUUGUCAUACGACAAGAAACAUUCUGUGAUCCUCCCCAAGAAGGCUUAUCUAACGCGACUCGUCAUCGAAGCCUGCCACCACACCACGCUGCACGAUGAAGCCCAGGCAAUCCCUCUUAAGACUGAUCAAGAAACGCUAUUGGAUCUUUGGCGGAAGAGCGGCGGUCAUCAUCCACCAUUGCUUGAGCUGUGUGUAAUGGCGGGCGGCGACGUCGACGCAGCGAAUGCGUGAUCUCCCGCGGCUUCACGUAGUUCCAGCUCGACCCUUCUUACACACAAGGGUCGGCUAUGCUGAGCCGGUGAUGCUGCGGACGAGCAGGGGGCAAGGGCAUAAGGCGUACAAGGCCUUCGUGACCGCGUUCGUCUGCCUGAUCUCUCAUGGGCCAUACACUUGGAAGUCAUCUCUGACUCUUUACCAGAGGCGUUUCACACAGCCUUGAAACGCUUUACCUCCCGGCGGAAACUGUGCCACACUCUUUAUUCUGACUACGAUACUAAUUUUGUAGGGACCGAUCGUCAGUUGCGUGACCUAUUUGCAACCAGCAGCUCUGAAGGAAGGCGAGUAACGGACCUUGGCAGCCAAGGAAUACGGUGGCAUUUUAAUUCAGCGGCGGCUCCUCACUUCGGUGGCCUCUGAGAGACCGCUGUGAAAUCAAGGAAGCACCACCUCCGGGUGGGUGAGGCUAUCUUUGAAAGGAUGGCGACGCUUCUUGCGCAAGUGGAAGCCUGCAUAAACUUAAGGCCACUGCAGGUCCUUUGAUGACCUGGAGAACUUCGCUGCACUCACCCCAGGCCACUUCCUCGUGGACUCCGCCAUCCACGCCGUGCCAGAUACAUCCUUACAGGAUGAGCCUGCUAGUCACUUUGGACAAUGACAACUGAUGCAGCAGAUACGGGACCAGCUGUAAGAGAGGUGGUUGCGGAAGUACCUCCACGCUCUCAAUCAUUGGCCGAAAUGGUGAGAGUCCAACUCCGACAUCAAGGUGGGCCGCUUAUGUUUGCUGAAGAGCGAGGUCAAUCUUCUAACGAAGUAGCCACCAGCGUGCAUUCGGGCAACGACAGGCGAGUCCGCGUCGUAACUGUGUGUACUGCGACUUUCGAGCUGACUCGUCUCAUCGCUAAGCUGGUCCUCCUACCGAUAUCGGCGUCCAGCGAUUGUGAGGACACCGCAGGAUUCGGCUUGUAACGACCGCUAUCGCGUCAAGUAUUGACGCGACUAACGUGUAAAAUUAUUCUAAUUUUAAUGUUUUUUUCUCUCUUGUACAUUAUAGUUUAGCUACAGUAUUACGAUAUAUUUUCCUCUAUCGUUAAUUGACGCGUUAUAAUAAUUAUGUAUUAUUCACAAUUUUGUUUCUAUAAAUUCAUAAAAUUUUCUUACCUUCUAGUCGCGCAAUCCGCGCCCUUGUAAUCUAACCUUUUUAGUUAGAGUCCUUCACUUGGCUUCGUCGUCGUGGGUCACUGUCACCUCCACAGUUCACUGCUUACUUUACUUUCGUCCUUUGGAGGGAUGCCGUGUACUCAAACUCGCCUAAACGGCUAUUUGCCGCGUUAAGAUACCAAUUCAUGAGACGCUGAAAAGCAACGUCAACACUAGUGUCAAAAGAAAGAAGUUAGAUUUUUCUAACUUUUAGCAUUAAGCGGAGCGUCCUACGUUACGAUUGGUCAAAGCCAUAGUCACUAGCAGCGACCAGUGUCUAGAAACUUUCUACCGCUAGCAUUGUAGAAUAUAAACUUUUAAGUAAAAGAAACAUGAAUAAUAUAAGUAAAAAAUGUUUUAAUUAUUAGUUUCAAGUUAAAAAAUAUUUCGUAAUUUUAAUUACGAAAAUAAGAUCAACAAUCCAAAAUAUAGCAAGUUUAUUUGAAAAUAUAACUUCUAUAUUAUGUACGUAUUAAAAGUUUUUUAAAUAACAUUUUUUACAAUUUUAUGUUUUUUUCAAGAAAUUCAGAAUUGUUUACACUUGUGGAAUAUGUGAAAAAAUAUGUAAAAGUCAAAAAUUUAAGAACUCACUCUUGUUUGGAAGGUUACAAUAACUAUUUUAUUGAUGAAAACAUUUUAUAUUUUUACCUAGUAUUAGGUAAACUAAUUUUUUAUUAUAUUUUAAAUAAUUUAUCAUAUAUAUUUUAACCUAAUAUUAAUAUAAUAUUGUAGAUGAUAGUACAAUUAUUCGACGUAGUGCAAUUAAUAACCAAGAAAAAAUAAUAACAAAACCAUAAAUUAUUGUAACUAGAUAAGUUUCCAGUAAGAAAUAAUAGGUUGAAUAAUCGUCAAAUCAACGUUUAAAAACCAGUUGAUAUAGCGAAAAUUUGGUCAAUUUGACGUUUUUGUGUCAUCAAAAUUAGACAAUUAUUAGACGUUUUCUAUGAAUAAUUUCUUCAAAAUAUCCGCAUAACUGUUAUAUUAUUGCACCACAUAAUCUCAAUGAACAAAACAAUAUUUUUGUAAUAUUUAAAAAAAUUUUUUGUAAAAUAAAUUCUGAAGUAUUUUUUGGAAAUUCUCGAGCAGCCACUUAUCCGAGUCGUGACCCCGGUCAGAGAGGAACUUGAGAAGUGCCAUACAAGUAUAGAUCUGCGUAAUGAGCGUCUGUAUCUUUUGUAUUUCCUUCGUUUUUUCAUUUAUCUUUUGUUGGGAAAAUUUGUAACAUGUUUGUUUAAAUUAUUUAUUUCGGCUGAUGAAGGCUAAAUAUAACCGAAACGUUCCGGAUUAUUUGCGUUUUUGCGUACUAUCGUAAUAAAAGUUUUUAAUUGACAUCCAGAAUUAUUUAGCUUGUCUCUUUGACCCAAUUCUUAAAUUUAUGUUAUUGUUUUUUACUAUUUUCACAAAUGCGGAAUAGUUUUUGGAAAUGCAUCUGGAAUAACUUUUCUGUUGUUCGUUUAAAUAAUAAUGCACCUAGAAAUUAUGUGUGAAUAUAAUACAAAAGUUAAAUUAAAUAUGAAAAAUGUCGGGAAAUCGGGUUAAUAAAAGAUGUCUAAAGAACGUCUUACCUUACCCAAUUUUCAACUGUAUGUUAUCUGGAUAAGAGAAGAAAAUAAUGACGUUAAUUAUUUUUGUUAAUUAUAUAUUUGUAAAACUACAUUUAAUAGAAACGAAAUUUUCGAGUGGUUGAAAAGUAGUUGAAAUACUUAUUAAUACAGUAAAGUCUUCUUAAUUUUUACUGAUGGGGCGAUAAGUGCGGAAUGCCAAAGUUAUAAAAUACCCUCACCACAGCACGAGUCCACCAAUCCAUGUAUUUGCGCGAGCAAAGUACACGGUGAUUGUUAGACUCGUGCUGUGGUGAGAGUAUUCUGUUAAGGAAGGGGUAUAAUAUUAGUGUUUGUAAAAGUACGUGUGAAGGAAUGCAAAAAUUAGAGGGGCCAAAUUUAAGAAGACUGUACUGUAUCAACCAUCAACAACAUUGACAUUGAAUAAACGUCUUUUCAACUUAUUAAUAUUAAACUAUCAACGACAUUGACGUCGAAUAGACGUCUUUUCAACUUAUCAUUUCUCACUGGGUUAAGACUAAGCAAACAAAAAUAUUAAUAAUAUUAAAUAUUAGUAUAUUAACGUUAAUAUUUUGAAAAUAUUUCUGUUUACAUAGAAAAAAAUAAUCUAAUACUGAUUGUAAGUAAUAGGUAAUAAUUAAUAAGUGUAUUUUUAUAUUCUGUUUGUUCUUGAGGUAGUCCUUAAACCUGUGUUUGGAAUUUUGAAUCUGUAUCUUGGUGUGAUUUGGAAUUUUAGUUUAGUUUAUUAUCAUAAUUUUUUUAUUAUUAUUCUUAUAGCCAUUUGAACACGGAGUAUGUUUUUUAAUUCUUUAAAUUUGGUUUUUUUUUACUUAUUUCCUGAAGUAUUUUUAUAUAAUAAUAAUUAUUUCUGCAACAACGUCAACAACUAUACUAAAUGAAAAAAUUAAAUCACACAAAAAAAUAAGAAUAUCAAUAUAUAAAUAAUUAAUAGACAAACAUAUAUAUUAGUUUAUUUACAUAUAAUAAUUUCUAAGACAGUGUCUAACAUUGUAAUAAAUAAAAGGGAGAAAAUUCCAAAUACAUCAAUCAACGACAAAAAAGAUGUAUAAUAGAACAUAUUUUAAUAGAUAUUAAGAAAGAAGAUAUCUCUAUAUUGUUCAAAUACAAGAACGGACCAAUAAAUAAAAUACAGAUUAAAAUACA